AUGACAUCUAUGUCUGACUCUUUCAACGGGUCGAGCUAUGCUGCAAGCGUUGCCUCUUCUCGGAGCUCGGCCUCUGUUCGCGCACGUGCGGAACGGGAGCACCAGGAGCGCCAUGGGGAGGACCUGUUGGAAAGAAGGUCGCCCCUGGAGAACGGCAUUUUCGGGGUCCUGUUCACGCUCAGCAAGGAGAACAGUGAGACACGCAUUCGCAUCAGGUGGACACUCCUGAAAAUCCUUCUGGACGCCUGGCAGUUGUUCACAACCGUCAUUUCCCCAGCCAAGCAAGGAUGGAACAUCAAACCCAAGGGAACGUACGUGGUGCCUGGGCGUGGGUGGUUGUCGGCGUGCUCAACUUCUCUUGGCUAUCCGGGCUGCUGCUUUCUAGAGCAAGCAGCCCGCCCCAUUGAAUUCAUGCCUUACUAUAGUACAUUCGGUUCUUGCGAGCUAACUUUAGGAUAUUGCAGCAAUUGCAGGAACAGCCUUUUCGAACUUCUGCCAGCAAGGAUCCAGCUGACUCGCAAUAUUAGGGGCGCGCAGCCCGCUUAUGGCCAUGUUCCAGCUCAACAAGGCUUGAGCACAGGUACAUGCCUUGUCACCAAGGCAUGCACCUGUGCUCGAGCCUUGUUUUGCGUCAUCGGCAUAUCGUUGCAUGUAUGGUUGUUGCACCAAAGUAUUCGGCCCUAUUCACCCUGGCUGGUUGGCUGUCAGGGCUACGGAGCGUAUCUAGCGGUGCUUUACUCCAUGGUGGCGCUGCUGAUGGGAAACGUGGGGCUCUGUGUGUGGGUAGCCUGGUGCUUCAAGGAGCACAAGUUCCCCGUUGUGUGGCCCAUCAAGGUGCUGCGCGUGUUCAGCAGCGUCUUCUUCCAGGCCUUCGAUGUGGCCUCCCUCAACCUACUACAGACUGUAACAAUACAUGCGUUUAAUCCCGGCGGCCGCCUAUCCCUGUUACAGCUGGGCAUCAGCUGUAACUACUCCGGGAAUGGAGGACGUCGCCUCCACAUGGACCUUUUCCCUAGCUACAGCUGCACCUCAACGCCUCACGUGCUCCACGCCGUCGUCUCGGCCCUCAGUCUGGUACUGUUCGUAGCCAUUGCACUGUUACUCAACAUGGCGGAGGUGGAGGUUAAUCCGCUGUCGCGGCGGCCGCUGGCGUUGGGGCACAGUGGGGCAGAGGUGAUGGCUUUUGCAUUCAAGCCUCAUUCCAAAGCGGCUGAUGGCAUGUGCACGGCUACAUGCUUUGGCAAUGACAUACCUGUCCGAUACGAGCUGGUUCGGGUUACGUGCCCAGAGCCUCUCCAUGCUCCGCUGAUUGGAACGGACGCGUAUUCGUCCGGGGACUUGGGUUGCUGCUCCAAGCACGUCCUCCUUACCCUCGUGGAUGUGUUCGUGGGGUACAAACGAGUAGCUGCCUGUUUGUACACGGCACUGUCCCUGGCUCUAGCCUGGCAGAGCCUUCGGAGGAACCCGCAUCUGGUGGCUUGGGUCAACUACUUAAAGGGCGGUGUGGCGGCCACCAUCUUAUGGUGCUGCGUCUCCCUGGUACUGCUGGUUUUCCAGCCCGGGAUUCACGCGGACAGGGCGCAGGAGUGGUCCGAGUCCCUUACACUGCUAAUGCUUGUGGGGCUCGGUCCGGCCUUCGGCGUCGGCGCAUUAACGUCCUUUUUGGUGAUCCGGAGCAUGACCAUGUCGGCUCUCAAGGCCCUCGCAACCGCCAGGCCGGACGUCCGGCUGGAGGACGUGUGUGAAAACCUGGAUGAUCCCCGCGACGUGGAGAUCGUGGCAAGGUGUUGUCGUGUGUGGAAAGAUCGCUACACGGUGGACGCAGACGCCGUCAACCGGGCACACCAGGUUAUCAAGGCCGGCCUGGCAAUGUUCCCCACCAGCGCCUACAUGGUGCUGCUUCACGGAAAUUUUAUGAUUGACGUCCUGGGGGUCAGCCAGAGCGGCAGCAGUCGCAUCGAGGACGCGCGCAAACUGAACCCGAGCCUCAUGUGCCGCUUCAUCAUGUUUGUACGACACCAACAAGCGACGCAAAAAGCCGCAGGCAACAGCGCCAACGACGGAACCAACAUGGACCUUCUAGGAUAUGUGGAGUACCAGCGCAAGCAGCGCAUGGUGGUGCGACUUCACCGUGAGGCGCUGCAGGCCAUGUGCAACUUCUGGAAAGCGCUGGACGCCUCUAGGGUAUCAUUCAUGCACCUUAGUCGAGCACUGAGCAGGAUUGAGAGCUCCGUUUCGCAGGCCCAGACGGCAUAUCGGGUUGUGCUGGAGAGCUACAGCCACAAUCCCAAGUUGGUACGGCUAUACGGCAAAUUCCUGCAGACUAUCAAGAACGACCCCUGGCGCGCGUCGGAAUACUUUGCGGAGGCGGACCGACUGGAGGAAAUCAAGAAUGGCGACGCCAGAGGCCCCCUGCUGCCUGACGGCACGCCGUUGGGCCGCAUGGACGAGAUGGCAACUGCCGUACUCGUACUGAACGCGGCGGCGGACGUGCAGAUGGCGAACCGGCACACGCACGUGCUUUUCGGAUACAAGCGAGGUACUUUGGAAGGUAAGCCGCUCGCGACGUUGCUGGCACCUCACACCAUCCGACGCGUCACCGAGAAGCUGGCUGCGCUGGCCGGCGCCACGUCUGUGACCGGUGCAUUGAUCUCCACCAUGUCUAUUACGAGCAACGAUGCCGAGGCCUUUGAGGAUGUGGUAGUGGGCAUGCACUACGACCGGCUGGCCUUCCCCGUCAAAUUCUACCUGCGGAAAAUCUCAGGUGUGGGUGAGGACUCGACAUUUGUAGUCAUGUUGGAGCCCGUGCAGCAAGCCAGCGGAGUCGCCACGCUGUGGGUCGCGCCCAACGGCACCGUGGCAGCCUGCGAUCCCCAGUUCGUGUCCCAGUACGGAUGGCGCCCGUCCGAGGUGAAUGGAUCCAACCUGGCGGCCUUCCUCGCUGUUGUUGCACCCGAGAAGCGGCAGCAGCAGGCGCCUGCCAGAGACGGGGAGGCAGCGCCGGCAGCCCUAUUGGAUAGCACUGGCGACGUUAUGGAGAGGCUGUUGUCCGGCGUCAGCGCUGCUACGGACGAUCCGAAUGCUGAGCAGCAUGGUGGCGUCAAGUGCCAUCUGGCGCACAAGUACGACACGGAGGCCAUGCCAUGCACCGCCAGCGUUACCUCGAACAUCAACGCCGACAUCCCCAUGCUGGAAAUUCGCAUCCAGAUGGACAGGGCGCCCGCCCAGAUCCUCGUGACCAACCGCAGGGGCACCAUCGUGCAUGCAUCUCUGGGGUUGGUCACCGCCUUUAAGGAUGUGGCAAGAGGCGGCGUUCCGGCGUCAAAAUUCGGCUACAGCGGUGGUGGUGGCCUUGGUGGUGCCAGCGGCGGAUUCUCGCAUGGUGGCGGCGGCGGCGGCGGCGUCGGGGGCCGCUUCGCCGGCGGCGCCAGCGCGCUGCUGUCCGGCCAGGCCGGCAGCACACUUGGAGCCGUACCGGGAGCUGACGAGCUGUUAGGGUUUACACUGUUCGACUUCAUGCCGGCGCCGUGGAAGGACAUGCACAUGAAGUUCCUCAAGGACACCGCUGCCACAAGCUCGCCAGCAAGUCGCAACCAUUGGAGCUGCCGCAAGGUCUCCCUCCCAGGACCCACCCUGGAGCUACGAACCGCGGGCGGUAAGCCGCUCUACAUGAACGUGUGUGUGUCCAGCAUGGAUACCGCCGCAGGGGAGAGCACGCACGUCAUCCGGCUGGCCAGAUCCUCCCUGGAGACGGCCCUGGCAGAGAGGAGGCUGCGUCUGGGCGUUACGGAGGACGGUCUGGUGUCCCAAGUCAGUGAAGGGGCUGCAAAGCUCUUCGGACUGGAGCCGGGCAAGAUAAUAGGGCGGGGGCUCUGGGAGAUCAUUGAGGAGGUAACGCCUGAGGAGGGCGGCCGCCAGGCAACGCCCGGGCCCAGAAUGCUGACAGCCCUCGUGACCAGGUCCCUCGCGUCUCCGGACCAUAGCUGGCGGGUGUUAGUCUCACCACCGCGAAAGCCCAGUGCUCCUAACAAGGGCGGAAUGCUGGAGCUGGCAGCGGCGGCGCGCGCGUCACUGGUCAAAUCGGCCAUUAUGCAGGGCCAACUCAUCCUUGGGGGCCAUUACAGAGUCCGUGGGUCCGUAAUCGCACUGAUGACCCCGCCGGUGGCUCAGCGGCCGUCUACCCGUCCAUCCUUCCACCCGUCCACCCGUCCACACUUCCAAACUUCCUUUUGCUUACCAGCACUCCCUGCUACCUGGGUGCUCCAGACAGCUCCCCACUGUCUAUGUCUGGACGACACAUGCACGCUCUGCGGAGGUGUCCCUAUUAGGUGCAUUGCACGCGUACGUUGGCCCCCUCACCCGUUUGAUGGCUUGCACCUGCGUGUGCAAGUUGAGUACGUGGCCAAGACCCAGGAGGGCAUCGGCGGCGGCGAUGAUGAUGAAGCAAUCAACAUUUUCGUGGAUCUAUGGCCCAUCGCCACCGUUACGGGCCUUCUGGAGUUGGACGGCAACGGCCGCGUGCGUACGGUGCUGGAGGAGCGUAUCCGCCCUGCGGGUUUGCUGUUCGGUUUGGCGACGCAGGCCCUGGUGGGCUGCAUGCUGGGCGACCUGGUGGUGAUGCCGCCAGGGCGGCUGCGGCCUGGGGACUUGCUGUCGAGCAGCAAUAUGAAGAAGAGCAGUCUCAAAUCGACCAAGAGAGAGUACUCAGUCAAGGUUGGACCGGUGCAUGUGCUCCAAGCCAACCAUGCCGACGGGCGCCCCGCGUUGCUUGACGUCCAAGUUGUGGGAAAGCCCGGUUUCAAUCAGCCCGUCCACGCCAUCCUGCGUUUUCACUUAGCUCCCAUGCUGCCGGGGGCUCCCCGCGCCCGGACCUCCGCCACCGGCGCCGCUGCUGGAGUCGCAUCCACCGCCCCCCGAGCCACCGCGUUCUCCUUGCGCGCUUCGUCCAUGGCGAGGAUGCAGUCCUCUGGCGAUGCCGCCAUGGCCGCCGCUGCAGCCGCCGCACUCGGCUUCAAGCUGGACGCCAUGGGGCCGUUAGCCCGGGCUGAGUCACCGAGGACCCUGCCACCGCGUUCGUCGUUCGCACUAAAGGAGCCUUCCAGUGGCAGUGGGGUUGGAGGUGGAGGUGGAGGUGGAAACAAGCUAGGCAGAUCGGAGACGACCGGCAGGAAGGUUGGGGUCGCUGCGUUGACGCUGGCGGAGGAGCCGGCGGCGGCGCUGCCGUCAAGCGGUAUGCGAUCCUUGAUGUCGGACCGCGCAGCUGCGGCGGCGAUGCUCCCGCUGGAGGAGGUCAUGCAGACGGGGUACUCGGUGGCGGCGGAUCACCAGGGACCCGUGGGUCUGGCCGCGGCGCCUCCCGAUAUGCUGACAGAGGGUAUGCCCCAGCCAGGGGUCACGGCAAGCGCGGGCAAGGCGGCGCAGCUAGCGGCGGGGCGGAGCAAGCUGGCUGAUAUGGUCAAGUCUGUAGGUAGCGGUAGCGCCAGAGGUGGUGGCGGUAGCCCUGGCGACUUGGUGAAGACGCCGCCACGGCACGGCAGCAGCCGGCCGCCGACACACCGUAUGCCGUCGGGUGUGUCGUUGCCCAAGUCGCCAAUCUCCGAAACAGGUGGUAACCUGGACGAGCUGCUCAUGCGCGCAACAACCAAAGGUGUAGGGCUCGGCGCAGCCGCGCUGGCAACCGCUGGUGACUGCUGUCCCCAUCAGUAUGGACUGCGCCAGCGGUUGAUCUCCAAUCCGUUGGAGAUAGCGAUGGAAGCGGCAGCGGCAAGGACGCGCAAUCUCGAGGAAAGCGACUGGACGGCACCAAUCGGAUUUCCACAUGGGUGGCCAGCAAAGGCGAGCGUCUACUACCAGAACACGGUAAAGCCAGACGUGCCGAGUGAUGACGACAAGUCCCGCCGCAGCGCCGAUUUUAGCGACGGUGCACCGGGCAAUGAUGUGGUGGUUCGUGUGCAUAUGGACGACUUCGGAACCCCCCCCGACCUGGUGCCCAGACGAGCCGUGUCUCCCGGCAUGCGGUCGGAUUUUGCCGGCUAUGGAGAAGAGGAUGCCGCCAGCGAAGGCGGCCAGAGCGCGAUGUCCGCCCAGUCAGCGAACGGCGGUGCCGAGUACAAGCGUGGCAAGCGCUUCCGCAAGCUCAUCAAACUCAUGGACUCCAGCCAGACACAGCAAGUACGUUUGGGUUACUUAGGGGCGUCAGAUGGAUGUUUGGUGGGCUUCCGCCACGUCCCCCGACUACAUGCGGUACAUGGGGAUGACACAGUCCAGCAACGCUUUCGCACCCACGCACUGGCCACGGUCGCCUUCCUGGCUCUCGUCCACAUCGUGUGUUUCGCACUCGUGGUGACCGCCAUCCAGUCGCAAAGGUCCGCAAUGCUGAACCUGGGCCGCAGCGGCGAGGCGCAGCGCAACAUGCACCAGAUGGGUGCCGCCUCGAUGGGUGCCGCCUCGAUGGGUGCCGCCUCGAUGGGUGCCGCCUCGAUGGGUGCCGCCUCGAUGGGUGCCGCCUCGAUGGGUGCCGCCUCGAUGGGUGCCGCCUCGAUGGGUGCCGCCUCGAUGGGUGCCGCCUCGAUGGGUGCCGCCUCGAUGGGUGCCGCCUCGAUGGGUGCCGCCUCGAUGGGUGCCGCCUCGAUGGGUGCCGCCUCGAUGGGUGCCGCCUCGAUGGGUGCCGCCUCGAUGGGUGCCGCCUAG